GUAGUUAACAUUAUACGAAAUUUAAAUAAACAAUUUUCUUUGAUAAAAAGCGCGCGUCGCAUCACGUUUCACAAAUAAAUAAUCGUAAUAAUUCCCUCUCAGCCGCUAAGCAGUGAAUAAACAAGCUACCUACUGUUUUAUCUCCGACACUGCAAUCUCAUUAUCAGCCUACGAGCGGCGGCGCGGGCGCAGGAAAUUCAGUUUAUGGAGAGCAGGACGGCGCGCGCACGUCCCCCGCGCUCUCACGCGAGACAUGACCCGAGCCAUGGAUCCCAACGCGACCAUGCCUGCCGACGCGCACUCCGGCGCUUUACACGCGAAAAUAGUGACCAUGCUGUGCCUAUUCAUAGUGUCGAUGCUGUGCGGGUGCCUUCCUCUGAUGAUCUCCCUCAGGAAGGACUGGUUCUCCCGCGCGCGCGGCGACGUGCGCUCGGCCCACAGGGGGGUCGUGGCCCUCCUCGCCUUCGGGGGAGGGGUCCUCUUCGCCACCACCUUCAUGCACCUUCUGCCAGAAAUCGCUGAUAAUGUCAAACUGCUGCAAGAGGCCGGCGAGCUGCCUGCGCUACCAGUCUACCUGCCGGCCCUCAUCAUGUGCUGCGGCUUCUUCAUGAUGUACCUGAUCGAGGAGCUGGUCCACGUCUACAUCCACAGCCGGGAGAGCAGAACCAACACCAACCUCACCAGAGUACUCAGCGUAAAGCGGAAUAGCGAGAAGGGUGACCAUGAGUUGCCGGUUACGAAGGAGGAUUCUAUGGGCCAUGGCCACAGUCAUUUCCCCGUGUCAGUGGAUGAUGACAGCGUGGUGUCCGCGCUGCGAGGGUUGCUGAUAGUGCUGGCUCUGUCGGUGCAUGAGCUGUUUGAAGGGCUCGCUGUAGGCUUGGAGGCUUCUAGCGCUAAUGUCUGGUACAUGUUCGGCGCAGUCUCCGCCCACAAGUACAUCAUAGCGUUCUGCAUCGGAGUAGAACUCCUGGCCGCUCGCACUCGGGCGUGGCUCAGCGUGCUGUACAUAUUCACCUUCAGCUUCGUGUCGGCUCUGGGCAUCGGGAUAGGGGUGCUGCUGGUCGGAGGGGCGGGGGCUGCUGACGCGGGGUUGUACUCUGUGGUGCUGCAGGGCAUAGCAUGCGGCACGCUGGUCUACGUGGUGUUCUUCGAGGUCUGGCGGCAGGAGCGCGCGGGCCUGCUGCAGUUCAGCGCCGCGCUCGCCGGCUUCACGCUCAUGUUAGUGUUAGAGGUCAUCGUCGGACUUGUGGUCGAGAAAUAGCCUGCGUCAAAUUUUGUUGAUGGAGAUUACUGAAAGAACCAGUAUUAGAAGAGUCCCUUCUGCGUAAUACUUAGGUAUUUACAAUGUAACUAUGACACGGGUGAACUUAUCUUAAAAUAGCUAUAUAUUUCUAAGUCGGCUAUUCAAAUGCGCCUAGAUAAUCUUAGCUAAGAUCUGUUUUCUUUGUUACAAACAAGAUGAGACCGCGACCGAUACAAGGGCUGCUGGAUGUUAGAUU